AUGGCGGACCUCAGAUUGGAAGAUGAUCUUGGAGGAUUUGGAGGGGCGCCUCACGCAGCCGACCUUGAGGGUGCUGAAGGCAAGACUCUCGGUUCUUCCUACCUUCCCUUGUCCAGCUUCUGCCGCCGUCACCGACUCCCUCCUCUGGUCCAGCGGGGGUCUUUGGGACGAGCAGCGACUGCGUUUGGAGGCUUCCCUCCCUCAGCUCUGCAAUCAUCUUGCAGAAAUGCGCCAGUGUGUCUCUACAAUGGGCUAACAAUGGUUGACGGCUAUUCUUGGUUUGGGGCGGCGUUGGCUGUUUGUGUAAUGGUGAUACUCGGUGCGUUUGCAACCAGUGCAACAUACCGGCGGUCGAUGCAGGACUACAACACCUAUGUACUCAUUAUAACCUUGAAAUCCUUCUGUUGCCUGCACCAGGCCUCUGUAGUAACACUGAGCAAGCUGCAGAAAAUCCCACAGCUGGAGAGUAGCCCUGUAAUUCUCCCACAUUGCCGACAUCAAAAGCCCGCAGCUGUGUCAAGGGCUCGGACUGCGCAGUACGAGAAACACCUGACUGUUCCACAGUACCUGCCUCGGAUACCCUCCAGCCACACCGAUGGAGCUGUGGGCAAUACAAUGGCAGGCCCCAUCCUUGAGGAGCGACCAGAAAGCCCACCGAGCUCCGUCUAUAUAUUACAAAUACUGAAACCACAGAUAAAACCAUUGAAGACACCCAAAGCAGUGUUUUCUUCAUUUAUCCUAUUUGUCUUUCGACAGGUUGUUGACCACUACCUUGAAGAUAAGAAAAGGGAAAACAAUAAAAAAGGCUUGUAUUUCAGAGAUGGGAGGAGAAAGGUGGAUUAUAUCUUGGUUUAUCAAAACAAAAAAGCCACACCCUUGUCGGCUGGAGCUCUUGUUCUAAAUGGCACGGCGACAAUUUCUCACAGAAGCAAGGAGCACGCUAAAGUACCGGUGGGCCAGCGAGACUUUGUGCUGGACAUUAGCAAUGCUCACGGGUCUGCGGAGGAAGAAAAGAGAGCUCGGAGAGAGGAGUUUGAAAAGAACCUCAUGGAGAGCGGACUGGAGAUAGAGAGAGACAAAGAGUCCAAGUCUCCCAGCACGGGAUACGUCAGGAUACAUGCUCCUUGGCACGUUCUCAGUCGAGAGGCCGAGUUUCUAAAAAUAAAGGUUCAGACCAAAAAGACUUUUGAAGUAAAACCGGAGGGUGGAGUAUCAGCAAAAUUGAACUUAAUUCUGCGGAAAUUCACCAAGCCUUUGCAGCCCAGAGUUGGACAGAUAAACCACCGAAGCAAGCAGCUGUCACACCCCUUCAGCCGGGACAAGAUGCAUUUGUACAACGUAACAAACAAGGAAACGUUUUUUGACAACGCAACACGAAGUCGAAUAGUUUAUGAAAUUUUAAAACGAACUUCAUGUGCAAAAGCUCCAUAUAACACGGGUAUAACGACUUUAAUAGCGAAUGACAUCUACGAAGCUGCCUAUCCCCUUCAUGAUGGUGAUUAUGAAGGCACUGAUCCAGAGGAGAAUGAGCGCAGGCUGCUGUACCAAGAAUGGGCGCGAUAUGGAGUGUUUUAUAAGUACCAGCCAAUUGACCUGAUAAGGAAGUAUUUUGGUGAGAAGAUUGGCUUGUACUUCGCAUGGUUGGGACUCUACACAGAGCUGCUGAUGCCGGCAUCACUAGUUGGGAUCAUAGUAUUUUUUUAUGGGUGUAUUACAAUAGACAAUGACAUACCAAGUGCGGAGAUGUGUGAUGAGCAGAACAACUUCACCAUGUGCCCACUCUGUGACAAGUCAUGCGACUACUGGCAUCUCAGCACUGCAUGCGCUACAGCCCAGGCCAGCCACCUGUUUGACAACCCCGCCACCAUCUUCUUUUCCAUCUUCAUGGCACUCUGGGCGACCAUGUUCCUCGAAUGCUGGAAGCGAAGGCAGAUGAGAUUGUGCUACCAGUGGGAUUUAACUGGUCUGGAAGAAGAAGAAGAGCACCCAAGACCGGAAUAUGAAACUAAACUUCUGCAGAAGAAGCAGUUAAAAGAAAAAAAGGAUCUAAAUGAGAAAAAUGAGCAGCAAAGAUGCACAAAGGACAAUACCAAAUGGAGCGGCAAGGUUCUAUCAGCUAUGGGUGGCCUAAACCUGGCUGAGAAUGAGAAGUUGACCUGGCGAGAUCGUGUUCUUGGCUACCUGGGCAAUUUUGUGUCGAUUCUGUUCAUGAUUGGCCUGACGUUUUCCGCAGUCUUUGGAGUGAUUGUGUACCGGAUCUCCAUCGCGGCGGCCAUGGCAAUGAGUACGCAUGAGGGCACGAGGUCAAACAUCCGGGUCACAGUGACUGCCACGGCUGUCAUCAUCAACCUCCUCCUGAUCCUUAUCCUGGACGAGAUCUACGGAGCCGUCGCUGAAUGGCUGACCAAAAUCGAAGUCCCCAAAACAGAAAAGAUCUUUGAAGAAAGAUUGAUUCUGAAAUCAUUCCUGUUAAAAUCUGUCAACUCUUACGCUUCUAUUUUCUAUGUGGCCUUCUUCAAAGGACGGUUUGUGGGUCGACCUGGGAGAUAUGUUUAUGUCUUUCAUAACUAUCGAAUGGAAGAGUGUGCCCCUGGAGGCUGCCUGAUCGAGCUUUGUAUCCAGCUUGGCAUUAUUAUGCUCGGAAAGCAACUUAUCCAAAACAAUAUCUUCGAAAUUGGAGUUCCGAGGAUGAAGAAAUUGUUCAGGAAAAUGAAGGAUGAAAGGGCCGAGACCAAAGUCUCGAGCCAUUCAGAUGCUGCUCAGGAGCCGCAGCAAUGGGACCUGGACUAUAACUUGGAGCCUUUCACUGGCCUGACUCCAGAAUACAUGGAGAUGAUUGUCCAGUUUGGCUUUGUGACACUCUUUGUGGCAUCCUUUCCCUUGGCACCCCUGUUCGCGCUUCUAAAUAAUGUAAUUGAGAUCCGGCUGGAUGCGAAGAAAUUUGUCGCUGAGCUUAGACGGCCAAAUGCAGAACGUGCAAAGGACAUAGGAAUUUGGUACAACAUUCUCAGUGGAAUGGGGAAAUUCUCAGUGAUCAUCAAUGCAUUUGUAAUUGCGAUCACAUCAGACUUUAUCCCACGCCUGGUUUACCAGUACAUGUACAGUGGUGAUGGCAGCAUGCAUGGCUUUGUGAAUCACACCUUGUCAUACUUCAACGUCACUGAAUUCCAGCAGGGGACCAAUCCCCAUUCAUCACAUUUCACCAACAUUAAAGUCUGCAGGUAUAAGGACUACAGAGACCCCCCCUGGUCUGAUCAUGCGUAUGAAUAUUCCAAACAGUACUGGACUAUCCUGGCUGCUCGCCUGACCUUUGUCAUCAUCUUUCAGAACCUGGUGAUGUUUUUAAGCAACGUCCUGGACUGGUUGAUACCGGACAUUCCCAAGGACAUCAGCGUGCGCAUGAAGAGGGAGAAGACCCUGCUUGUGGACGUGUUCCUGAAGGAAGAGCGGGAGAAGGUGAACCUCAUCGAAAGCUUCUUGGUGCGGGACAGGCAGAAGCUGAGGCCCGUGGAGGUGAAGAAGCCUCGUGCAUCCAGCGUCUCCCUGGCCGACAGAAGCCAGCGUGCCACCUUGACCUCCCACAGCCUGCGACACACCGAUGUCUGACCUCCUCGGCAGGUCCACUGGACUAACCACACCUGCCCUGGACCCUCGGUGGGGGAACAAGGGGAAGAUGGCUGCUUGACAUAAGCUGCAAACAACGAGCUUAUUACUAACCCAGAAAACCAAGGCAAUGUGAGCCACGUUGUGUACAGUGGACUGCAAAACCACGGGAGAAACAGGGUCACACUGUGAUACACAAAGAGGGCCCUUUUGUGUAGAGAGCUCACUUGCAGACUACUGGAAGGUAUCUCUAUAAUGGGUAGCAGUCUACUCAAAGUGACUUGGGUCAGAAAGUGACCCAAGGGAGUCUUGAUAGGGUCCAGCCUGUUAGGAUUAGUUGAAAUCAGUCACGUGUUUUGUAUGUUUGUAAAUGUUUGUGACUAUGCGCUGUUCACCAUUAAAAUAAUGUACAUUGCUGUCUGUGCUUUUAAAGAGGAAAUUCGAAGAGAGCGUGCAGUUUACACAUGGUACUUUAGAUCAUAAACGCAGCUUAUGUUUGAUGGGCCUGCCAAAAACAUCCUCUGUGGAUGAAAUAAACAAAGACUUUUAUUUCAAGUUACUUUAUUGUUUAGGAGAUGUUAUUUAUCAAGCCAGCUGUGUGAAGUGAGAUUCCAUAAAAUCACAUUCCUGUCUUGGACCAUGCAACCACCAGGAGCAUAUCCGCCCAGGUUUGUUCCCAUUUCCAUCCUUGGAUGGGCAUCGCCCGGCCAGUGUUCCCAAACAUUGUUCCGGCAGAGCAGCAUUCACAGUGACUAAAUGUGUGGGAAGGAACUGCAGACGCUUCCGAUGACUUGGCCUCGACAGCCGUCUGUGGCAAUGAAUUCCACAGAUUCACCACCCUCUAACUAAAGAAAUUCCUCCUUGUCUCCUUUCUAACGGCACGUCCUUUUAUUCUGAGUCUUUGUCCUCUGGUUCUAGACUCUCCCACUAGUGGGAAAAAUC